AUGUAGUCAAAUAAUACUGAUAUUAAUUCUAUCUAAUUUACUUAGCAACUACAAACUACUCCUUAAAGGAUAGAUACAGAUAUCUUUUCAAAAUAAGAAUUUAGUGAAAUCGUUGAUGAAGAGCCUUUUAGCUAGGCACCUAAAGUUUUAUAGUCUGUCUCUUCAAAGAAAGUUAGAAAAGUGGUGAACACAAGUCCUCAAAAGGUCGAUGCCAUUAGCCAAUUGAAUUUAAUUUCUAACAACAUUAUCGACUAAGAUAUCGAAAAUAAAAGUGGGUUUAUACCUAUCUUUUUACAUAAAAGUGCUAAGUCUAAAAGCUCAAAUAAAAAUUUGCUCUGCUCCUAAAUAAAUAUAGGAAAUGCAUCAAUGAUUAGCGAGUAGGAUAAAAGUUAAGUUGGAUUAACUUUAAUGACUGAAGAGUAACCUCUUUAGCCUUAGUAGCAAAAUCAAGCAUUAUAUAUUUAAAAUUAGUUAGGAUAAAGCAGACAUUAAGGAUUAAAUCUUUACCAAAUGAGAGAGAAACAAAAUAUAAAACUUUCAAAUAAAUUAGAUGAGAAUAAGGAUGAAUAAACUCCUUAUGAUAAAUACAUACAGACAAGUAUUUAGAUGGGGAUUAUAGAUGAUGAUAAUAAUUAUGCUUUGAAAAAUAAAUAGUAAAUGAAUUAAUAAGGCAAUUAACAAUAAACCAAUAAUAAAUAAUAAUAAAAUGUAAAUGAGCAAACAGCAGGAAAAAUGACAAAAUACAAUUAACUUCUUAAAGAUUUUGUUUAAAAGAAAAAGUAGAAAGAAAUAAAGUAGUAAAACUCAAAACUGUCUGUUAUUAACUAAGAAAGCAAUCAAGAUUAAUCAAAUAUUUUGAAAUCAACAAAUGUAAAGGUCAAAAAUCUAGUUUAAAAAGCUGUAAUGCAAUGGAAAGAGUAUUCAAGUUCAUGGGUUUAGCAAUAGCUUAGUGAAAAUGCAUAUAAAAUAGUUAAUGACAAAGCAUAUUUGACUGAGUAGUAGCUGCUAGAGUCUGAGAAUUUUAAUUCAAGUUUGAUUUCAAAAACUAGAAAGCGAUUUAACAGAAGAGUGGCAACGUUAUAUAAACAAAAUAAAAUGAAAGUAAAGAAUUGCUUAUUUGAGAUAGUUCAAAAGUGGAAAUCUAUUAAAACUAUUGAACCAAGUAGUACAAUCCUUCUCUAUUGGGAUAUUAUCCAUAUACUUUGCAUAAUCUUCAAUAUUUAUUAUAUUAUAAUUGAAUGGGUUACUGAAAUUAACUUCAAGUCAAAUUAUGGUCUUCCUUGGAUUAUAUCGAUCCUCAUCAGUUUAGCUAUCUUUGGCAUAGACAUGGUUUUAAAUUUUCAUAAAGGAUUCUAUUAUGAAGGGGUUUGUAUUUACGAUAAGUGGAAAAUAGCCAAAUUUUACAUGACCAAAAAUUUCUUUUUUGAUAUGUGUGCAAUAAUACCGUUAAUAGUCAGUAUUUAAGAAUACAGUGGUUAUAUAAAGAUUUUAGCUGUAUUGAUUUUAUUUAAGCUCCAAACUGUUAUUUAUAUCUUAUCAAAAUAUAAAGACUUAUACUCUACAUUAUCUUCUAACUACUAUACCUCUCCUAUUAUUUACUUAAUCAAGCUAGCACUAACUAUUCUCUUUGUUGCUCACAUCUUUUCCUCUUUCUUUUUAGGACUGGCGAUUCAUAUUGAAAAAAAUUAGACAUAUGAUACGACUUGGAUUAUGCAAAGAGGACUUUAAUAAUAGUCAUGGCUAAUUUAGUAUAUAUUUUCUUUUUAUUGGGCUGUGUGCACUAUGACAACUGUUGGAUAUGGAGAUAUCACUCCUCAGAAUCCCAUGGAAGCUGGAUAUGUCAUAGUGACGAUGUUUCUUGCUUGUGGAUUUUUUGGAUAUACCUUUAACACAAUUGGAUCUAUGGUCUAAGAAAUAUAAAAUAGGAGUAAAGAAUUUAAUGAAUAAAUGAAGGUGGUUAAUGUUUUCUUGCAAAAUAACUCUGUUUCUAACGACCUCAAACUUCGAAUUAGGAAAUAUUUUGAAUUCAAAAGAAGCUCAAAUAGAACAGAAAUUUCUAAAAAUUAAGAAAAUGAAAUAUUGGAAUAAUUAGAUGAAGAACUAAAAGAUUUAGUUAUUUCUGAAAUAGGAGUGCAAAGAUACAAAUAAAUUAAGGAUAUAACUUAAAUAUUUGAGCCUUUCAGUGAUAAAAUGAAAAAAUAGCUACAUGAAAUCACUGAAGAAAUCAUAAUUAGAGGAGAAGAAUCUAAAUAUUCUAUUAUAUAAGCAGGUCAAAUUGAGGAUUUCUAUGAUUUUUACAUUAUUUUGAAUGGUAAAGCGAAUAUCUACAUGAAAGAAGAUUAAGGAUACCCAAACGAAGUAUCAUCAGUAGGAGGCUUUUUUGACGCAGCUAAGAGUGAAAUGAUGAAUUAGGAUAAGAAAGAAAAUAAAAAACAAUAAAUUCCUUAACCUGUUUAUGUCUUGCAAAGCAAAUCAUUUUUUGGAGAGACAUCUUUUUUUACAAAUUAACCUCGAAAGUUUACAAUAAAGUGUGAUAAAAAUACAAAACUUUUGAGGAUUUCUUAGAAACUCUUUUUGGAUCUAGUUAGAUAGAAUGAAGAAGAUUACGAAACUUUUUGUUAAAUGAGAGAUGAUAUGAUUUUAAAUUAGAAUUUUAGCUAAAUAGGAUCAACUUGCUUGGCUUGUAAUAAAUAAGGACAUGAUAUUGUUAGAUGUAAGUAUAUACACUAUAAUAUUGACAAGUAUUCAUUUAUGUAAAGAAAAUUACUGUCAGAGAAAUAUGAAAAUGAGAAUUAAAAAAAUGAAAAUAUUUCGUUCAAAAGAAAGAGAAAUAAAAAAUAUAAAUAUUAUUAAUUUUUGAAUUAUAAUAAUUCUAUAACUGACAAAACGCCAAAUUAGAAGACAUAAACUCCUCUCUCUAAAAAGUCACUUAAAUCAACAUCUUUUAAAUAAAUACCAGUUUUGCUUACAAUCAUGUCAAAUAAUGAGGAAAAAAAUGAUACUAGAGAAUAUUAAAAUCUAGAUUAAUCAGACCAAAUGCAAGAAUUUAAAUAUUAUUUUCCUGAAUCAAACUUUUCUUGUGUUUUAUUGAAAAUAUUGAUCUUUAAUUUCAAAAAACAAAAGAAAAAAGAAUAUUUAUGCUAAUAAAGCGAUAUAUCUUCUGUUCUUAAGUAAAUAAACAACAAACAAUCUACUUUUAGUGUUUUUAGUAACAAUUUUAAUACCAAAAAAUUUAGUAAUCUAAAUAUAAAUAACAAUAGCAAUAAUAUCAACUAAGGCUUAAACUAACCUAAGAAAAAGUUUAAAUCGAUAAGAGAAAUAGUUGAAGCACUAAAAAACAAUCUUAAAAGUUAAUAAUAAUGA